GUUGAAUGCAGUGUGAAUCCUCCAUUAUAUUACAUCAUGAAUCGACUGGCUUUGAACUCGCAGUACUCAAAAAACAAGAAGAGGUUAAAAGUGCUAUUGAACUUUUAUUUUUCCAAGUUAUAUGAAAAAUGUAAUGUCACGCUCUAAAAUUUGGCAGUACGGUAUACCAUUUAUGAUUUUUAUUCUCGGUGGUUCAUUUGGACUCCGAGAAUUUACAGAAUUACGUUAUAAAUAUAAGCAUACAUAUGAAUAUAAAAUACGCAACGAAUUAGAAAAAAGAGGAAUUAAAAUGAGACAAUCAGAAGAAAUCACUUUAGAGAAAGAAUAUGAAAAAUUGGAGAAGAUGGACCUCGAUAGUUGGGAGAACAUUCGAAUACCAAGACCAUGGGAAGAAUAGAAAAAUACGAAAUAUUCGAAUAAGAAUGACUUUAUCAUUUACAAUUAAUAGAAAUAAUAGAUGAUCAAUUUAUCAAUGAAUCUUUAGAAUGGAUAUUUGUAUAUAUCUUUCAUUAAAUAAAGAAAUUUGUUAUUACUGAA